GUCACUACACGGCGAAUUUUGUUGUCUUUAAUUUUAGGUUUUCUUAAAAUUACGAUUUUUAAACACAUUUUAGGACGUUUUUACUGCUUUUACUGAUAUGAGCGAUGUGCUUAAGAGCUCCCAGGAGCGAUCCCGCAAAAGGCGUUUGCUUUUAGCGCAGACUCUGGGUUUGUCCAGCGUGGAUGAGCUGAAGAAGGUCCUGGGCAAUGCGGAGGACAUCAACAGCAGUCGCCAGCUGAAUACUGGCGGGCAGCGCGAGGAGGAUGAUGCUGCAGCCUCUUCGUCGAAAAAAGCGCCCAAUGAAAUCAUUUACAGGGACUCUUCCACCUUUCUCAAGGGAACCCAGUCUUCCAAUCCGCACAAUGACUACUGCCAGCACUUUGUGGACACUGGUCAGCGUCCCCAGAACUUCAUUCGCGAUGUGGGCCUGGCGGACCGCUUCGAAGAAUAUCCUAAGCUAAGAGAACUAAUCAAACUUAAGGACAAACUCAUCCAGGACACGGCAUCUGCCCCUAUGUACUUGAAGGCGGACCUUAAAUCACUUGACGUAAAGACCCUGGGCGCCAAAUUUGAUGUUAUAUUGAUUGAACCUCCUCUGGAGGAAUAUGCCAGGGCAGCUCCUUCGGUGGCCACUGUGGGUGGAGCUCCUCGGGUCUUCUGGAACUGGGAUGAUAUACUUAAUUUGGAUGUGGGUGAAAUUGCCGCCCAUCGAUCUUUUGUAUUCCUGUGGUGCGGCUCGUCCGAGGGCUUGGACAUGGGUCGUAACUGUCUGAAAAAGUGGGGUUUUCGCAGGUGCGAGGACAUCUGCUGGAUACGGACCAACAUUAACAAGCCUGGACACUCCAAGCAGCUGGAACCGAAAGCGGUCUUUCAGCGCACCAAGGAGCACUGCCUGAUGGGCAUCAAGGGAACUGUUCGCCGCUCUACAGAUGGUGAUUUCAUCCACGCAAAUGUGGACAUUGAUUUGAUUAUCUCGGAAGAAGAGGAGUUUGGCAGUUUCGAGAAGCCCAUCGAGAUCUUUCACAUCAUCGAGCACUUUUGUUUGGGCCGGCGACGAUUGCAUCUGUUCGGCAGGGAUUCGAGCAUUCGACCAGGAUGGCUAACUGUGGGACCCGAACUGACAAACUCGAAUUUCAACUCGGAGCUGUAUCAAACCUACUUUGCUGAGGCCCCGGCCACGGGUUGCACCAGUAGGAUUGAACUCCUCAGGCCCAAGAGUCCUCCCCCGAACAGCAAGGUAUUGAGAGGAAGGGGACGUGGUUUUCCACGUGGUCGUGGCAGGCCCAGAUAGCCAGAUUUUGACUCAACAACUGCAUGUAUUCUAGUGUCUAAGAUCAAAAUUUGUUAAGACUAAGAAUAAGAUUAAGAUUAAAGGCUAAUUCUGCA